AUGAAUGACGACUACAUUCCAUCGUCGUCGCGGUUUGCAGUCGAUUCCUACCGGUCCUAUCGUCACGCUAUGUUCGUCUAUGACCCAACAAUUGUGUUUCUUAAAACUAACAAGUUAGCCGUGAAAAAAUUAAAAAUCAUAACGUUCAAAAUUGUGUGUUAGUAUAUCGGAAUAAUACGAAUAGUCGUGUAUCGGCCGAUAUUCUUCGUCUUUUUCAUCUUGGAGUUUCUAUCCGUUUCAAAUGCCAUAAUAAUUUAUAAUACAUAAUUUUUCGCUGUCGAAUGACGAACGAAAUAGUUCACUUAAUGUUGCGCCAAACCAAUCGUGGAGGUUUUUCAACCACAAUGUAUAUACACUUCUUCUUCCAACACGUGUUUUCCCUUGAAAUAUAAGUUGCAGUAAUCUACAUCUUUGGUUAUUUCUCAUUAUGUGACCCAGAUAUUUAUGUUCACGAGAUUUUAUAUUUGUCAGUAAUUCUCAAUCGUAUUCUUUGAAGUUCACUUAAGUUAGAUAUAUACAAUCUUCCCCCGAGAUAUUUAGAAUUCAACGAUACAUUCACAGAAAGCCGCGAUUUUCCUGUUUGAUGUUUCUGUUAACGUUCAAGUUUCAUUUCCGUAUAAUAAGUUAGGAAAUAUAUAAAACAUCUUUGCAGUCUAAUUUUCAUAUCAAAUAAAAUAUCGUGGCAUUUAAAUAUCUUAAAUAUUCUAUUUAUUGAAUAUCCCCAAUCUUCAUUAAGCAGUGUACCUAGAUCGUUGUACUUUUGAACUUUUUCUACUUGCUAACCCCUAAUAAGUAACUAUUAUUUUACAGUUUGUUUCUUUGACAAUUUUUAAAUUCUAAGUGAAGUGAGGAACGUAUUGGUUUUACAAUAAUGUGUCUUAUUAUUAUUAUUUUUUUUUUUAUGUGGACAACUUUUCUAUCAGAAAUUUUUCUCCGAUUUACAAUGAUAGCACUUUUUCUGACUAGAGAGAUACUUUAAGAUGGCAAUUUUUUUUAUUUUCCCUGGAUUUUUACCAAUAAAUAUGAAAAACCGGGAAAAAUGUAGGAAAAACAACAAAAUAGGUACAAUAUUAAACAAAUAUCAUUAGGUAAAAAAAAAUUUUAGUGCAUAUAUAAUUAUUUUAUCAUAAUAUGGCAUAUAUAUUGUUGACAAAGUAACAUUAUCAACCGAACUCCGCUCAGAAUAUUUCUUGCGUUAGCAAUAGGUUAUCGUUGCGUGCAGAUAUACAUUAAAUUCCCGUCUAUAUCCUACCUUCCUAAAUUUCCACCUACAACAGUGGCUGCACCCAUCUUCAUUAUCCUAGGACAGCUUUAUAAUAUUGAAAAUAUCAAAAUAUUGGAUAUCAGAAGAAAUAUCUGGAAAUAUUUACAUACAAUAUCACAUUGAUAAUAAAUCACUGGAAAUAUUUGAAUAUAAAAAUUGAAAUAUCUACUCAUGGUUUUUAUUUCAAAAUUUCAGAUGGAUUAUUGGUAGGAAUUAUCGAAGUAUCGGGAAAAAGAAAAAAAAAUACAUCGGCUUACUGUAAUUCAAAAUAAAUGAAAAAUGUCACAUUGUCCGAAAAUUGGGAUCAAUACCACAAUUCGGAGACUUGAUGUGUACAUUCUGCAUAAUAUUACUCAAAACGUUACUUCAAAAAUAAACAAAACACCAAAAUGAAUAACAUACGAGUUUUUGCUUUAGAGCUCGUCAAGAAAAUUGAUUUUUAUUCUCACAGCAGAUUCGAUUAUUUGCGAUUCGCAGUCCGACUGUAGUUAAACCUCUAGCCUAAACGAUUUUUCUUUUUAAAAACGCUAUUAAACUGUUAACAGUUUUGAACACCUCUUGAACAUAGAUUAUCGAAUAAAACAUCUUAUAUUUAUUUUAUUUUUUUUUUUAUGUUUACAGGCACUGGUCGUGAUGGCCAUCCUCCAAAUUUCCGAGGUCAGCGGUGGCCUGAUUUCACUCAUCCAGAACAAUGCGCUCGGCCGGCCCGAUUACUACAAGACACAGUCGUGGCCGUUCGACCCAGACGUGUCCGCCCGUCGGGCGCCCGAGUUCAUCGCGUUACACGGCAACAAGUCGGAAAAAUUAAUCGAACGCAUCGGGCUGGGUGUGAACGGCCGGCAAUACGAGCACCGGGAACAGCAGCUAGUCAGAGACUUUAUGUUCGACAAACAGCAACAGCAGCAACAGCAACAGAGUUCACAAAACUUUGUGGGUGCAAACGAUUAUAAUUACCAGCAGCUCCAGCAGCAGUCAAAUUUCCUAAGAAUCCCGAUCCCUCAAUCCUAA